GGCCUGCACUUGCACCAGCAUUUGGUUGUCUGGUUGUAUAUCAUGUCCUCGAAUCUGCUGAAGCUCCCGGACGGCACCGAACCAGUGACCAAUGCAGACGAGGAGAUCUUCCUCGUAUACACAGCUCUGAACCAAAAACCACUCGACCAGACAGGACCAGACGGGUUCCGCGGCCUAGGACACGUUGAUUCUCGCAAGGACACUCUUUCCAUCCGAUUUGAACUCACCGCGCCAUCACAGCCAACACCCUCCUCAGGAACUGCUGAAUCUAAAUCGGCGUCGAGAUCACGAAAGGGCAAGUCUGCGAAGAAAACUCGUAGUGAAGAGAGCCCACAUGUCAUCGAGAUUGAGCUCGCGCAAGAUAAAACUGCGCUACGCAGUCGAAAAGGAGAUACUGGGAGUGUCUUGUGGCGAGCGAGCAUUGCUUUCGCUCAAGUUAUCCUGCAGCAGUAUCGCUUCCCUCCAAGCAACCCUUUAGUCGAUAAGGAUCUACUUCGAGAGAGCCAUAUACUUGAGUUAGGUGCAGGCACGGGUUUGCUUAGCAUCGCGCUUUCUGCAUGUGCAAAGAGUUACACUGCAACGGACAUCGCACCCCUUCUUCCGCUUAUCCGAAAAAACGUCGCCCUUAAUUUUGCGGGUUGGACGCAAAAUACAAAGCCCCCAGAGGAGUCACCAGGAUCGAAUAUCUCCGUGGAAGAGCUAGACUGGGAAACACUGCUGUCCUUGCCGCCGGCCGGUCGGUCACGCUAUUACCCAACGCCGCCUGAGCCCAACGCCAAGUGGGAUCUCAUCCUGGUCGUUGAUUGUAUCUAUCACCCUUCCCUUCUUCCUGCACUCGUCGAGACAAUCGAGACUGUCUCAACUGCAGGGAAGACGUGGGCGUUGGUGAUCGUUGAACUGAGACAAGAAGAUGUGGUGAGGGAGUUCCUUGAGAGAUGGUUGACCAAAGGGACUUGGCGGUUGUUCAGGGUAGACGGGCUUUUGGAUUUACCUUAUGUGGUUUGGGCCUGUCAGAAGUAUGCUUGAUUAUCGGGCCUUUUCAACAUGUCGAGUGUAAACUUAACUUGUACUUGUCGGUCAUUCAAGUUGUCCCGGAAGAUCUACCUCGGAUACCCUCCUCGGUGCCUUGCACAGCAUGAAGUCAUGAAGAUCGACUAUGUUGGCCUCCCUAGAGGUUAUGCAAAGGACUGUAAGAUUGAGGGUUUCCCUCGAGGCUGCGUUGCCUUUUUCUAGAUAAGAUAUAUAAAAAGACAAAGUCGGUAGUUAUGCAAAGGCUAUAUACUAUA